CGCGACGCUCAGUGAGAGGAGGAGUGAGUGAGUGAGAGAGAGAGAGAGAGAGACAGACCCUGAUCCAGCUGGAUUACCACACCGAAAUGGACUAGGAGUAACAUACAAUUCAAUAACGUGUAGAAUCACAUUUGUGACACAAUGUGUGUUAACUUGGGAUGACAUGGACGACAUGGAGGACGGUUUAAUGAUAAUAAUAACAACACUGCCUGACAUGCGAGACGCAGCUACGGCCAAACUAUAGGAGAGUGGCCGCAUCUCCCUUCUGUUUAUUCCACGAUUUCUCCGUUCAUGCGUUCGUCUCAAAUCUGCGUCUCUUACUGGAGGAAGCAUGAAGAAGUUUAAUAUCAGAAAGGUGUUGGACGGCUUGACUGCGGUUUCCUCCUCCUCUUCUUCCUCAUCCGCAUCUACUCAGCCGGUUAACAAGGAGAACGAUGUGAUUCAGGAGACUCUGCAGUCCGAGCAUUUUCAGCUCUGCAAGACAGUGCGACAUGGCUUUCCUUAUCAACCCUCAGCCAUGGCUUUUGACCCUGUGCAAAAAAUACUGGCAAUUGGGACACAGACUGGAGCAUUAAGACUCUUUGGCCGUGCCGGUGUAGAAUGUUACUGCCAGCAUGAGAGCGGCUCGGCUGUCAUCCAGCUGCAGUUUCUCAUCAAUGAGGGGGCGCUGGUGAGUGGUUUGGCUGAUGACAGCAUUCAUUUAUGGAAUCUGAGGCAAAAAAUCCCAGCUAUUCUCCACUCCCUUAAAUUCACCAGGGAGAGGAUCACGUUUUGCCAUCUGCCCUUCCAGAGUAAAUGGCUUUACAUCGGAACAGAAAGAGGGAACAUUCAUAUUGUCAAUGUGGAGUCCUUCACCCUCUCAGGCUAUGUCAUCAUGUGGAACAAAGCCAUUGAACUCUCUUCGAAAACACACCCUGGUCCUGUGGUACAUAUCAGUGAUAAUCCUAUGGAUGAGGGAAAGCUUUUGAUUGGUUUUGAGUGUGGUAUUGUUGUGCUGUGGGACUUGAAAUCAAAGAAAGCUGACUACCGCUACAGCUAUGAUGAGGCGAUCCACUCAGUGGCCUGGCACCAUGAGGGGAAACAGUUUGUGUGCAGUCAUUCAGAUGGUACACUUACCACAUGGAAUAUACGCUCUCCUGCCAAACCGGCACAGAUCAUUACACCACAUGGCAAGCAGCCUAAGGAUGGAAAAAAGCCAGAGCCAUGCAAACCCAUUCUGAAAGUUGAAUACAAAACAACUAGAGCUGGGGAUCCUUUUAUGAUACUGUCUGGAGGUCUUUCAUAUGAUACAGUUGGACGCAGGGCCUGCUUGACUGUAAUGCAUGGAAAAAGCACUGCUGUACUGGAGAUGGACUAUCCCAUUGUGGAUUUCCUAACUCUGUGUGAAACUCCCUAUCCGAAUGAUUAUCAAGAGCCUUAUGCUGUAGUGGCCCUGCUGGAGAAGGAUCUAGUAGUUAUUGACCUCACACAAACUGGGUACCCCAUCUUUGAAAACCCAUAUCCUCUGACCAUCCACGAGUCUCCAGUGACCUGCUGUGAAUACUUUGCUGACUGUCCUGAUGAACUAAUCCCUGCACUUUACUCUGUGGGAUCCAGGCAAAAGAGACAGGGCUACAGCAAAAAGGAAUGGCCUAUAAGUGGUGGUAAUUGGGGCCAGGGCACACAAAGCUAUCCAGAGAUCAUUAUCACAGGACACGCUGAUGGAUCAGUCAAAUUUUGGGAUGCCUCUGCAUUAAUGCUACAGGUGUUGUACAAGCUAAAAACAGCCAAGGUGUUUGAAAAAGCUCGUAACAAGGAGGAGAAGCCCAGCACAGACAUAGUGGAUGAAGACCCUUUUGCCAUCCAGAGUCUGUCCUGGUGCCCAGAGAGCCGCAUGCUGUGUGUGGCUGGAGUCUCUGCUCACGUCAUUGUUUACCGGUUCAGCAAACAGGAAGUAACCACAGAGGAGGUUCAGCUGUUGGAGGUACGGAUGCAGUGUGAGCUGAAUGACGUAGACUCUCCGGAUGGUGGAGGGGACCAUGCAUCAGCUGUAUCUACACCCGGGACUUCAUCCAGCCCUCAGUCCAGCGUACCCCAAACACACCUAUCCACCAGCAGCAACAACUCCACCGACGGCCUGCGUGAUAACGUGCCCUGCCUCAAGGUGAGGAACACUCCGCUCAAGCAGUCACCAGGCUACCAGGUGGAACUGGUCAUUCAGCUGGUGUGGGUCAGUGGGGAGCCGCCACAGCAGAUCACCAGCCUGGCUGUCAACUCUGCCUAUGGCCUAGUGGUUUUUGGUAAUGGGAACGGCCUGGUGGUGGUGGAUUAUCUUCAGAAGACUCUGCUGCUCAAUGUGAGCACAGCAGAACUGUACGGCUCGUCUGAUCCCCACCAGAGACAGCCACGCUCACCCCGCAAAGCCAGACAGCCCUCUGGAGGUCUCUGUGAUGGCCACGAUGGUUCUACUGCCUUAGAAGAUCGGUGCAAAUCUCCUACAUCAGGCUGCAUAAGCUCUGACUCCCCCUGCCAUUCUGAUGAUGACAGCAAACAAAAUUUCUUUGAAAAGGUGAAGUUGAAAAGCAGACUGUUAUCAAAGAGUGUUGCCAAUGACUUUGCUAAGAUGUCAUGGAAAUUUAGCUUGGCUGCUGAUCAGAAACAAGAUGGGACUAUACAGCGGCAGUGCUCUCUCCCUAAUAAGAAACGUGUGUGUAAUGAAAUGGAGGACGUGUCCAGAAGACAUCUAUCUAUUCGCAGGACCCACUCUGUGCCUGAUUCCAAUGCCAAGGACAACUCCUUUAGCCGCUCACGCAGCUCCAGCAUGACCAGUAUUGACAAAGAGUCACGCGAGGUCAUCUCUUCUUUGCAUUUUUGCGACUCCCUGUCCAGGAAGAGUGAUGUGGCAGCAUCCCCCAGCCUUUGGGUGGGCACCUCUGUGGGCACUAUGCUGGCUAUCACCUUCAAUGUGCCCUCCACCCCUGAGCAGAGGCUGCAACAGACAGUAGGCGUCUCCUUCUCUGGCUCAGUAAUUCGGUUGAAAGGAGGCAUUUUGCACAUGGCAUUAAUGGACUCAAGUGGCUCUCUACAGCCUCCUGCCUCUGAGUGCUGGUAUGACCUCAACGCCCCUGAGGAGGAGAGGGAAAAGACGCGGCGGCGCCGGCCUGCCUCACCCCCUUCUUCUAUGGAGAACCAAGACACCCACUAUGUUGUGGUCUGUUCUGAGAAACAGGCCAAAGUAGUGGCCCUGCCCUCACAGAACUGUGUCUUUGAACACAACAUCACUGAGACCUCUUACGUGCUGAGGGCCGACGUUGUGGUCAUGCCUGCUGGAAUCUGCAUCGCCUGCUUCUGUGCCAACGGGCACAUCAUGACUCUGAGUUUGCCCAGUCUGCGGCCGCUACUAGAUGUGAACUAUUUGCCUCUGACGGACAUGCGGAUAGCCCGAACGUUCUGCUUCUCCAACCAGGGCCAGGCUCUGUAUCUCACCUCCCCUACAGAGAUCCAGAGAAUCACCUACAGUCAGGAAACCUGCGACAACUUACAGGAAAUGCUGGGAGAGCUGUUCACUCCAGUUGAGACACCAGAGGCUCCUAACAAAGGCUUUUUUAAAGGUCUUUUUGGAGGUGGGGCCCAAUCGCUGGAUAGAGAGGAUCUUUUUGGAGAAUUGUCAGCAGGGAAGGCAUCACGCAGCCUUGCCCAGCACAUUCCAGGACCAGGUAGCAUGGAGGGAAUGAAGGGGGCAGCAUCGGGAGUGGUGGGUGAGCUGGCACGGGCCCGGAUAGCGCUAGAUGAGAGAGGACAGAAGCUCGGUGAGCUGGAGGAGAGGACGGCAGCCAUGAUGGCCAGCGCAGACUCCUUUUCCAAGCAUGCACACGAUGUGAUGUUGAAGUACAAGGAUAAAAAGUGGUAUCAGCUCUGAUGACCAUGCAGAGAGUCAGGGGGUCCUUCGUCUCGGGGCUGCACAUCGAUCCCUACUCUUCUCCCUCUCUUCCUCCUCUUCCAUUCUCUCACAAAAGUAAAGGUCAUGUCUGCCAUUCUCAAGGUCAACGCCACAGAGUGUCUGCUACAGGUUGAGCUGUGGGGCUAAACAGAGAGUGAGAAUGGAAGAAGCAGGAAGGGGGGAAAGAAUGCCAGCAAAAAAAAAAACCUUCCAUGUCUGUAGAUGGAAUGUGAGAGGGUGAGCACUCUUUCCUGUCACAAAGAUGCUCCUUUCUGUAACAGGAUAGAGGACUCAACAUGAGUUCUGGCCAUGUCAACUUGCUCUCAUUAUCAUCUGUGCUGUCAUUUCGUCACUGCCAUCCUAAUCAUAAAAAACAAAAACAAACAAAAAAAGCAGAAAAAAGAUUGUGGUUAUUUCUAUAAAUGAAUGGGGUGAGAGUAGUUGAGCACAGUAAAUGUUAUGCCCAUAGCAUUGCCUGGUGUAAUGCCUUCUGAUUACAUGGAUCUAAAUAAAAAGCA